AGGGUACGGACCUAUCGUUCCGUCAUGUAUACUGAUGUUCAGCAUGUGCUCAGCGUAUUCGUCGUCACUUUUUUGUUCACUUUGGUGCAAGUUUCCCGCGAGGACAUCGUCGAAAUGCCCAAAUUUGCCGAACCGAUAACAAACGUAACGGUUCCUGUAGGAAGAGAGGCGACAUUAGUAUGCAUUGUUGACGAUCUGGGGUCUUAUAAGGUGGCUUGGCUUCGGGUCGACACGCAGACCAUAUUGACCAUCCACAACCACGUGAUCACGAAAAACCAUCGGAUAGGCGUGUCUCACACUGACCACAGAACGUGGCACAUACACAUCCGAGAAGUAAGAGAGUCCGACCGUGGAUGGUACAUGUGCCAAAUCAACACGGAUCCGAUGAAAAGUCAAUUGGGAUUUAUGGAUAUUGUCGUGCCUCCUGACAUACUGGACUACCCCACCAGCACGGAUAUGAACGUCCGAGAAGGAAGUAAUGUUUCUCUAAGAUGCGCAGCGUCCGGAUCGCCGGCCCCGAACAUCACGUGGCGCCGCGAAGGAGGUGAACAGAUCCAGAUGGAACGUGGAAAACAAGUUCACAAUGUCGAUGGACCUUUGCUCAACUUGACCCGGGUCAGCCGUGUUCACAUGGGAGCUUAUCUUUGCAUAGCGUCAAACGGAGUUCCGCCGUCGGUCAGCAAACGUAUAAUGUUGGUGGUUAACUUCCCUCCGAUGAUUUGGAUUAAAAACCAGCUGAUAGGUGCCGCCGUCGGUCAGUCUCUAACGCUGGAGUGUCUGUCGGAAGCAUAUCCUAAGUCGAUCAACUAUUGGACCCGAGAGGCCGGCGAAAUCAUUGCUCACGGAGAAAAAUAUGAGACAGAAGAGCACGUUACCGAUCAAUACAAAACUCGAAUGAAACUUACCAUCAAGUCAGUGACAAUCGAAGAUUAUGGUACGUACAAGUGUCUGUCUAGAAACGCACUUGGAGACAUGGACGGUACGAUAAAAAUAAGCCAAAUACAAAAUAAUGACGGGCACUCUCCUAAGAAGCCAAAACAUAAAAUAUACAAAAACCGGAAUCGAACCAGAACACGGACGAACUCGAACGACAUCAGAGAUUCUGCUUUCCUAUCUAAGGAUGAAAAAAACGACAUAAUAGAAUAUGAUGACGAUGAGGAAGAUUACGACUCCAGUACUCAACCGAUCCCGUUGACUUUACACGUGAUGAUUAUUUUCGUGGGUUUGGUUUACGCUUGUAAAUGAUAAUGGACGUAUUUUACAAAAUAUAUGAACCUAUACUGUUUCCAUAUAGAUGUAAAGUUGCUAAUAGUUUAUUCGACUAUUAAUUGUAUGUGUUUUCAUUUUUAUUUUUCGCGUACACUUACAUGUAUAUUGUGUCGAAACAUCCGAGCUUUUAAGUGAGUACUAAAGGACAGAAAAAGCAUAUUAAAAUAAUAUAUCAUGUAAAACUUAUAGUGGGAUAUAUUAUUGUACAACGUUUGGACGUUUAAGCAGCACAUACACAUGAAUUUAUUUAUGAAAUUUAUUGUUGACGUUUUACGUGAAUUCGUUUUAGUGAAGUAUUUUUUUUUAUAUUAGUCGUGUAUUAAAAAUAAUGUUUUUAUUAUAAUAAUAAUAUUAUGUAUUUGCCCGAGUUCAAUAUGUUGUGUUGUAUACUAUUCGAUUGUACGGAACACUUGAUGUUUGUAAAAAGUAAAAACCCGUCGAGUUAAAGAGAUAAAAAAAAAAAAAAGACUGAACAUGUGAGAGCGUUCAAGUAUUGUGUACUACGGUAUACUUGGCUCGCCAUUAAAAAUAAUAACAUUAUAUUAUUAUAAAGUAUACGUGUAUGAAAAUUAUGUGUUAUAUAAGUGUAUACUUAAGGAACAAAAACCUGUACAUAUCAUUCGAUGCUAUCUGUGUGUAAUUAUUAUUAUUUUUUUAGUUAAGGUUUCUUUAGACACUACGUUAAACAUUAAACAUACGUUUAGACCGAUAAUUAUAAUUAUUGUAACGUUAUAUUAAAAAUCAAUAAAAUUUGUUGUAUGACUUAUGA